AAGGGACAAGAUGGAGGGAUUCGGGGGUAGGUUUUGGAGAGAAGAAUUUGGCAGACGCGCGCAUUUUUUUUUUUUGUGUUUUGACGGUUGGUUGUCGCAUCGCGUGAUGAUGUUUUGGCAGCAAGCAGGAAGGAAGGAGAGAAAUGAAUGUUGUUGUUGGACUCCGUCCGGUUUGUUUGGCACUCGCACUGCUGGUGUCUUUCGAAGAACCGCUACGUGGUACGCAUAGAACGAGAGGAUGACGGGGUGAUCAUCUCGAUGCAGAUGGUGAGCGGUGUUUCGGUGUUUCUUCUGGAACACUUGUAAUCACGCCAUGUUGAGCACAUCUAUCUACGACUGACUAUCUGUCGAACUUUGGCGUUAUGAUGUAAAGUGGCGAUGCUGAUGUAUGUCAGUCGGUCGCUGCUUGUUUCCUGCGGCGCUGGAUGAAAGCUAACCCGUAGAUUCAUUCGUAUCCGGUAAUUUAUCCGAUUUUUUGAUGAAUAAGCGCGGCUUACUGGUUUUGUUGUGUGCGGAAAUGCGUGGCUGGAAAUAGCUGUAUGCAUGCAAGCAUAGGGACCGCAACGUGGCACCCCUCCGUCCGGAUGAAGAGUGUACCAUUAU